ACCCCCAAAAGUACACCCCACUUCAUUUUACACCAAAGUCAAGAAUCCCAAAUAAUAGAAAAUGAGUCAAGUGACAGAAGAGAUCAGAGCCAAGGCCACAGAAAAGUACACUGGCCAUGAAAUAUGCCAAGAGAAAUCAAAGACCUUGCUGGUAGAAAUGGGCCUGCCAAAUGGGCUCUUGCCUCUGCAAGACAUUGUGGAAUGUGGUAUCAUCAGAGAGACUGGCUAUGUCUGGCUGAUCCAGAAGAAGAAAGUUGAGCACAAGUUUGAGAAGAUUGGGAAACUUGUGUCCUACGCCACUGAAGUCACUGCUAUUAUUGAAAAAGGAAAGAUCAAGAAACUCACCGGUGUCAAGACUAAGGAGCUCUUGCUAUGGGUCACAUUGAGCGAUAUUUAUCUCGAUGACCCGCCGACUGGAAAGAUCACCUUCAAGACUCCUACUGGACUUUACAGGACUUUUCCGACAUCAGCUUUCGAAGUUGCAGAUGGCGUGGCUGUCAAGGAAGUCUAGCUAUAUAUGCAUGCAACAAAAUAUGGUCAGGCCAAGAUAUAUAUCUCAUGUGCAUGUCAUCAACUAUUAUAUAUGGUGCUAAUAUAUCUAUGUAUCCUAUCCUUUUAUGAUGUUUUUAUCUCUGAAAAUAAAAGUCUUGAUUAAUGAUCAUCUGUAUUUCAAUGAAUGUUUUAAGGGGAGUUUUUCUUUUGCUA